AUGGCCUCGAGCAGUCAAGGGCACUUUGAUGCUUAUGAAUCACUGGAUCUUACAGAAUUUGCCAAAAACCAGCCUUGGUGGCGCAAGCUUUUCGGGCAGGAGACACGACCUUCAGGAGAGAGAUACAGCGUGGCCACCCAGCUCCUGAUUGGCGGUGUCACCGGCUGGUGCACUGGCUUCAUAUUUCAGAAAGUUGGAAAGCUGGCUGCCACAGCGGUAGGAGGGGGCUUUUUUCUUCUCCAGCUCGCAAACCAUACUGGCUACAUCAAAGUCGACUGGAAGCGAGUAGAAAACGACGUGAAAAAGGCCAAGGAGCAGUUGAAGAUUCGGAAGAGCGCACAAAUACCAACCGAAGUCAAGAGCAAAGCCGAGGAGAUGGUGUCCUUUGUAAAGAAGAAUGUUUUAGUAACUGGAGGAUUUUUUGGAGGCUUUCUGCUCGGUAUGGCAUCCUAA